AUGUCACCGGCAAACUACUAUCUGCUAUCAACAGUGGCACCGCUCAGUACCUCACACAGAAUACUGACCAAGCCGUUGAAGACGGAUACUCGAAACACGUCCAGCAAAUUCUGCAAAUGCACCAACGUAAUUCCACGGCCGAUAUGGAGCUUCUUUAUGGGGACGGUGCUAUUGGAAUCAACCUCAUCGACCCCUUCGCGCCCCCAGUCAUUGAACCUCGCUGUCUCUCCUACUCUUACGACGGGCAAAUGGAGGUUGAGUCACUACGGUCAACCGAAACUCCUGGCCACGCAGCAAGUCCAAGCUCUUGGAGCAACGGAAACGCUGCCUUGGGUCAUUGCCCUGAGCGACUCUGACAUUUUGGAAUUCGUUGAAGGAGUCAGCGCUACAGAGUAUCACUAUACUGGGACCUGCGCUAUGCUUCCCAGGCCACUUGGUGGUGUCGCGGAUUCCAACCUUAAUGUGCAUGGGAUCGAUGGCUCGAGGGUAGUCGAUGCUAGUAUCAUGCCUUUACUUCCAUCGGCGCAUAACCAGGCGACGGUCUAUGCAAUCGCUGAAAAGGUAAAAUUGCGCCCCUACGCAUGA